AUGGUUGUGGCCAGUUGUCGGCAGUCGGCGCUUGCGUUGGGUGGGCGUCUAAUCCAACGCCAUUCUGUUAUCCUCACGAAUUCUACGCAGACACGCUCGUUUUAUACAGUUUUUGAAAAGUACUUGGAAGCUAAGAAACGCUACGGAUGGGAGGGUGUUUUGUGGAAACUCUAUAAUCCAGGUGAUGUCAAAUUUGGACGUCUGGUAGGAGAAGACGAGAACGGAUUUAAGUACUACGAGGACCCGACCGAAUUGUAUGGUCAGCACCGCUGGACGGAGUAUAAGGUGAACUCGUGGGAUGAAGUGGAAGGCACGCUCAUUCCGCCCCCUUGGCACCUAUGGAUGCAUCACAUGACGGACUCUGUACCCGGUGAGGGCGGUCAGCUUCCAGAGAAUUGGGAAAAAGUUGAGAUUGUUGAUAAAUCUGAUGCACCUUACAUCAACCAUUUGGGUCCGAGUGGACCAUACGUUCCCAACAAGACUCUCUACCGUUCGCGUGGCUAUAAUGUGGGAAGUCUGGCUAUCAAACCAGACGAACCCGACCAAUAUUAUCUACAGCCCGGACACCUUCGUCGCACGCGCAAGCGUAAGCCACACUUUUUUGCCGAUGUAGACUACAACAACCCGGAGAAUUCAGACGAAAGCCGUGCAGAUCCGCUGCGUCCAGCCGACGUCAAUUAA